AAUUGAUGUCCGUAUUUGAAUUCCAUAUGUUUUUAUCUAAAUUCUAUAUUACCAAUAUUAUUUGCCCAAAAUGUUUACCAUACUUUUAAGCUUGUUUAGCAGGUUUUACCUGGCGAUUUAAAUCACGUGAAAUCAGAUUGGGCGUAGCAACUGAAGAGAGCAGUCGAGAUCUUAGACGGCUCAAGUUUUCCCCUGUUUAGUUAUAUAUUUCAUUAAUAUUUCAUGACCAGAGGUCCACCUAUUCUGGGCCCCAUUUAUUUAGGCCACUUAUGCCAUGUAUGCCAUCCAGCAGUGAGCCAUGUAGAAACGCGUGUGUUUGUACAUUUUUGUAAAUAAAAAACUAUAUAUAUAACAAAACUGUAUUGUGUGAUUUUGGGAAGCCGCCAGCCACCCUGUGACAAAAAUUGGUGUCAGAAGUGGGAUACCAAUCCCAGGAAUUCAGUCCCAGGAUAUCCAAGGAUAUCGACAUUAACACAGGACGACGUCAGGAUACACAGUCAACCUGGAAACAGAUUCCAAAUACAAGUGGUGUCUUCGGUUAUGGAACCUCGCAGAGGAAAUCUACAUGUCACCGACAGUGCCUGAUGUUCUUAAGCAAGACGACUUGAAUCCGUCCUACAGGAAACUCAUUUAACUGUUUAUUUCAAUUAAAACAUUUAUUGUCAAACUGUAAGAAAAAGAAAACAACUACUGAAAACAUUUUACAAUUCAUACAAAAGACUUUGUUAUAAAAGUAGUUAGAAUAGUGAAUUACUUGCCUUGAAAUGUAGUGAAUAUUUCAUACAUGUUCUCUGAUUGUAUUCUGUAUGUACAUGAAGUUUGUAAUCGUUCUCACUUUUGCAAUUGUCAUUGUAGGCAAUGUUCCAUGGUCAUUUGGGGUCCAGAAGGUUUCUAGAAGUAGUGAGGGGUGGACUUCCUCAGAGUACGUGGAGACUGGUCAGGGUAAAAGUAGUGUGGUAAAUAAGUCCAAAGUAUUAACAGUUGUGUCGCCCAAUCUCAAACUUUCAAAUUCAGUAGGAAGUAAAAUUCCGAGUGUAGUAGUGACAUUAGUAGUACAUGUAGUACCACAAUAUACAGAAAGUAAAAUUCAAAGUAUACAUGUAGUAGAGUCGUUAGUAGUACAUGUAGAAGUGCAGUAUAUAAGUGGUCACACAAAGUUGUUACAAAGGUCUAGGUGUUAUGUUCAAAAGGUCAUGUCCGUAAAAAUGGACUCAGUGCAAGAUUUAAUCGCUGCAGGCGAGAAAUUAGGUUAUGAAAAAGAAGAGUUAAGAAAUUAUGUUACAGAACAACAGAAAUUGCAACGUGAAGAGAGAGCAGCAGCUCGACAGAGAGAAAAAGAAGAACGAGAAUAUCAGCUAGAGAUGGAACGCAUGUAUCAUGAGAUGAAGAUGAAGCAGCUACAAGAGGAACACGAAUUAGAACUGGCAAACAAAAGUGCACAAGGUAAGGUUAGUGAUGUUAUGGUAAAACCUAGUGUACCGAAAAUUCCUCCUUUUGACGAGAACAAAGAUGAGAUUGAUAGCUAUUUGAGAAGAUUUGAGAGGUUUGCAACUGCCAUGAAUUGGGAGCAAUCUUUAUGGUCGACACACCUCAGCGCUUUAUUGAAAGGACGAGCUCUAGAUGUAUAUGCUCUUAUGUCCACGUCAAAAGUAAGUGAUUACAAUGAACUUAAAGAAGCUUUACUACGUAGGUACGAAAUGACAGAGGAUGGUUUUAAAAAGAAAUUUCGUUCUUGUAGACCUGAAGUUGGGGAAACAUUUUCUCAGUUCACUGUUAGACUUGCUUCUUACUUGACUCGGUGGGUAGAAAUGUCCAAAAUUACUUGUUCAUUUGAAGCUCUUUUCGAUCUUAUGCUUAGAGAUCAAAUGUUACAUGUGUGUAAUUUUGAAUUGGCUGUAUUUCUGAAGAAGAAUGUUCCAAAGACAGUGGAUCAGAUGAGUAUGUUAGCUGAUCAGUUUAGGGAAGCCAGAAAUACUAGUGCAGUCAAUUUAUGUUCAAAGGCAGUGAAUAAACCUGAGGUAAGUAAGGUACCAGAAAAACCCAAAGAUGCACGUCAGCAUCAGCAACAGAAGCCAAGGUUUGUUCCAAACAAUGAAAGAAAAUGUUUUGUAUGUAACAAAUAUGGUCACAUUGCACCCCAGUGCAGAUUUAAAAGUAAAAACUCAAGUGUAGCAGUGUGCAAGGACGAACGUGGGAAAGUUCAAACAAAUGGUCGUAAUGCAAAUCCAAAUAACUGCGCAGCGCUGAUUUACAGUCAAAACCCGUCUAUUUAUAGUCAGGUAAGUGAUCAUACAACGGUUUUAACAUCGGCAUGUCAUUCUACAGCGAAACCAAUGCCUCUUUCAGCUGGUUACGUUGAGGGUCAUCCAGUUACCUUACUGAGAGAUUCAGGGUGUCGAAACAUUGUAGUGCGCAAGAGUCUAGUAAAAGAGGAAAACUUUACAGGUAGACAAGAAACGUGUAUUUUGGCAGACAACACGAGAAUAGUGGUCCCCGUGGCAAAGGUUGUCAUUGAUUCUCCUUAUGUAUCAGGUGAGUAUGAAUGUUGGUGUAUGGAAAAUCCUGUCUUUGAUCUGAUUAUAGGUGAAGUAGAGAAUGCGAGAAAACCUCAUGAUCCGGAUCCAGAAUGGAAACCUAACACUAUCACAGCGGUUGAAACAAGACAACAGGUAAAAGAAAAACAGAAAAAGUAUAAACCACUUAAAGUGCCAGAUAUUGUCAAAGAUGAAAUCAAUACAGAUGACAUAAUGCGAGAACAGCAGUCAGAUCCGUCACUUGAAACAGCACGCAGAUAUGCACAGGAAGGUCGUACUUCACGUGAUGGUAAGGUCAAAUGGUUUGAAAAGAAUGGUCUUCUGUACAGGGAAUAUGUGUCAGCAGAAAAGGACGGUGGUAAGACCUAUUCUCAACUUAUAGUCCCAUCAAAGUUUCGUCAUAUUGUAAUGAAAUUAGCCCAUGAAUCGAUCAUGUCUGGCCAUUUAGCGAUUAGUAGAACCAUUUCUAGGAUUUUGUCAGAGUUCUUUUGGCCAGGAAUGCAGUCGGAGAUUAAACGAUUUUGUAGGUCAUGUGAUACAUGUCAAAGAGUGGUGUCUAAGGGUACGGUAACUAAACUUCCUUUAGGUAGAAUGCCUUUAAUAGACGUGCCUUUUAAAAGAGUUGCUGUAGACAUUGUAGGUCCACUGCACCCUCCAACUGAAAAAGGUAAUCGUUUUAUUUUGACUUUAGUCGAUUACGCCACAAGAUUUCCUCAAGCGAAGGCGCUUCCAGGAAUAGACACAGAGCGGGUUGCUGAGGCCUUACUUGAGAUGUUCUCCUAUACAGGUAUUCCGGAGGAAAUGACAUGGGAAGUCAAUUUACUUCCGGACUCAUGA